AUGGCUGAGGCGCCUCCACUUUCUAGAUUUUUUUGUCAUAAAUGCAGUGUGGAAAUAACUCCAUUGCUACCGGACUUUGUGUGUCCCAAUUGUUACUUGGGAUUCAUUGAGAGACUAGAAGAACAGCCACAAGAACCAGAAGAAGCUGAAUUUGAAAUGGAAGAUGUUGUUCCAUUGGAGCGGCUGGAAGACCGCAUCACUGAUAUUCUGAUGAGAGUUGGCCGUGGUGGCCUUGAAAGACGUGUACCUCGUGUUCGUGAAAGAGAUGGAGCAGAUGUUCGCCGACCUGGUCCUAGGUUUCGAACUCGUCAGUUGGAACCUAUAAAGAACCUAAUUCCAGAUUUUAUUGUGAAUCUAUCAGGAGUUGGAUGGGGAGCAUUUGGAGGGAGACAAGGAAAUGAUGCACCAGUACUCUUCUUGGGAAACCCAGGAGAUUAUGCAUGGGGGCGAGAGGGUUUGGAUGCAAUUGUAACCCAGCUAUUGAAUCACAUGGAUGGAACUGGUCCUCCUCCACUUGCUAAGGAUAAAAUUAAAGAAAUUCCAGUUGUGAUGAUUACAGAAGACCAAGUCAGUAAAAGUCUGCAAUGUUCAGUUUGCUGGGAAGACUUUAGUCUUGAUGAACAUGUUCGCAAGUUACCAUGUGAACAUGUGUACCAUGAAAACUGCAUUAUACCAUGGCUCGAACUGCACGGGACCUGUCCAAUUUGUAGAAAGACUCUUGGAGAAGAUAUUGAGGAGAUUUCUACUACACCUAGUAGCCCUGUAUCCAGUAUGGCCUCAAGUUUAGCUGCACUGAUAAGAGCUGGCAAUGAGUCUAUGGGAGGUCGAAAUUCAUUGGGUUCAUCAUCUGGGACAUCCACGUCCAGUUGGGCAAGCCCGCGCAACAUUGUGGCCAGCAUUCCAGAAAUGGAGCUCUCGCUGAGAGACAAAGUGCCAGCUCGAGUCUCGGCCGCCAUUGUGUGGCGCGCGCAGCGGAGCGUCGCUAAUCGCUUCCGACCUGCCACGGCGCUCAUCCCGGCCCUAAAUAUGCAUCAGCUGGGCGGUAGCGAAUGA